AUGCUGGGGCCGAAGCCGGUGGCUAUUUUCCCUACCCUCUAUGGUCAUCCUCAACCUCAGGCCCGACGCUCCUGUCUCACGCUUUUCUCGAAUUCCUGCUCGUUUGCGACAUCCACACGCAAUCGCUCCUCUUCACAGUUCCACCGUUCUGACUUUACAAGCCAGCCAUUCACGGGGAGCUAUGACCCUGGCGAACGAACGUCCGGUCCACUGGGGGAUGCGUCAAUCCUCGGUGCCCCGCGUAUCACACCACGAGUUUUGAAGCAGCAUUUGGAUAACUUUGUAGUGGGACAGGAGAGGGCGAAGAAGAUCUUGAGUGUUGCUGUUUACAAUCAUUACCAGCGUAUACAAGAAGCGCAGCGGAGAGAAGAUGAAGAACAAGAGAUCUUUCAGCAGCAAUUACGGAGAACGAUGGCGGAUGACCAUCCAUUGGAAGGAGAUUUUCCAGGCCAAGAACAGGCCAUUCCUCUCCAUCCACCAUCUUCUGGUCUGGGGACCCCUCCCAUUAUAGACCCUUUACCUCUCACUCUUGACAAAGCAAAUGUCCUCUUACUCGGUCCCUCUGGCGUGGGCAAGACACUCAUGGCGAAGACUCUUGCUAGAGUCCUCUCAGUUCCCUUCAGCAUGUCAGACUGCACGCCCUUCACGCAAGCAGGUUACAUUGGUGAAGACGUUGAAGUCUGCGUACAGCGUCUUCUCGCAGCGGCAAACUACGAUGUAGCAGCCGCCGAAAGGGGCAUCAUCUGUCUCGACGAACUUGACAAGAUCAGCUCCACGAAGGUGAGCCAAGGCAAAGAUGUUGGCGGCGAAGGUGUACAACAAGCCCUUUUGAAACUCAUCGAAGGCACAACCCUGCAAAUUCAGGCCAAGACCGAGAAAUCCUCACGAGGGUCCAGCUCUCCGCUGACGACCUACCCUACGAAUAGUCCUUUGGCGGGUGGUGGUAUAGGCACGAACAUACCUCCACCAUCAUCAUCCUCGGGGUCAGGCCCAAACCAGUCUUCAGGGCCCUCCAAACCGGAGACCUUCAACGUCCGUACCGACAAUAUCCUCUUCAUUUGCGCAGGCGCCUUCAUCGGCCUUCAGAAGAUGAUAAUCAAUCGCAUCGCGCGUGGCAGCAUUGGUUUCAACUCCCCCUUGCGCUCCUCAUCGUCUUCCUCCUCGCUCGCCACGGGGGCUAAAGAUACCAUGAUAUCUGUGCGCUCCGGCAGCGAGGAAGCCAAGACCUUUGAAAAGCAUCUCCCCUUCUUCUCUCCUCAAUUUUCGGAUCAAGGCCCUGUGACAGAGUACAAUCCUCUCGAUCUGGUAGAGCCGACAGAUUUGCAGACGUAUGGUCUGAUUCCCGAGUUGGUGGGCAGAAUACCAGUGUCUGCAGCCUUAGCAGCACUAGAUGAAGUUGCUUUGACUAGGGUCUUGACCGAGCCAAGGAAUUGUCUUGUGAGACAGUACGAGCAAUUAUUUCAGCUAAGUGGGGUUGAGCUGAAGUUCACGCGGGGCUCACUAAGGGAGAUUGCACGGGCGAGUCUGGAGAUGGGAACCGGUGCUCGCGGACUAAGGACUGUGUGUGAAAGGGUACUGACGGAGACCAUGUUUGAAGCUCCCGGUUCGAGUAUUAAAUAUGUGCUUAUCACUGAGGCGGUCGUCUUGCGGCAGAAACCGCCAGUGUAUCUCGCACGUGGCCAACAGCAUAGGUUCCAUUCACUGAUUGCAGGUGAAGAGGAAGCUUACGACGCCAAGUUGAGGAGCGAGAGGGGGUGGCAGAUGAUAGUGGUAGUGAAGGGCAGCAGGUUGUGGGGACGUUUGAGGAGUAUAGAGAAAAGAGCAAGGCGGCGGGAGUCUUGUGAACGCUAA